UCCCUGUAUGAAUGUGUGCGUGGGAGUUCCUCCUUUCGCCAUUCCGGGGUGUCGCCACACCACGGAGAGUACUGAGGGAGUCCUGCGAAGAGACCACCUAGUCCCCUCCAGGCCUCUUCACACCUCUCCACACCUUCAUCCAGCCACACACGGUGCCCCGGCAUGCCCCAGAAGACAGGUAUCCGCUCAUUAUUCCCUCAGAGAACCGCCGCAGACCUCCCCGGCAGCACUGUUUGAAAGAUUACGGAGACACCGAGGGAUGCUACUGCAGCAAACGCACCCCGCACCGCGAAAAUUCUCGACGUCUGCCCGAGGAACAGAAACAUUUGGUUGGCCCUUGACCGAAGCCCCUGAGGAUGUCCGACAGCGGUGGGAACAUGAACUCCGACGAUCGGCCGGUUAAAACGGUCCCCUUCCCCCUGAGCCACAGGCUCUCCAUGAAGGAAGUGUUUGACUGUGAGGGGAAGCCUAGAGUAGACCUGCUAAAAGCCCACCUCACCAAGGAGGGCCGCCUGGAGGAGGUGGUGGCCCUACGCAUCAUCAAUGAGGGGGCCGCCAUCCUGUGCCAGGAGAGGACCAUGCUGGAUAUAGAAGCCCCAGUCACAGUGUGUGGAGACAUCCAUGGUCAGUUCUUUGACCUGAUGAAGCUGUUUGAGGUGGGCGGUUCCCCCGCGACGACACGCUACCUCUUCCUAGGGGACUACGUGGACCGGGGUUACUUCAGUAUUGAGUGUGUGUUGUAUCUGUGGUCGUUGAAAAUCCUCUACCCGAAGACGUUAUUUCUUCUACGGGGAAACCAUGAAUGUAGACACCUGACAGAAUAUUUCACUUUCAAAACUGAAUGUAAGAUAAAGUACUCUGAGCAGGUGUAUGACUCGUGUAUGGAUGCGUUUGACUGCUUGCCGCUGGCUGCUCUGAUGAAUCAGCAGUUCCUGUGUGUCCACGGAGGGCUCUCGCCAGAGAUCCACACGCUCGACGACAUCAAAAAGUUGGACAGGUUCAAGGAGCCUCCAGCUUUCGGGCCCAUGUGUGACCUGCUGUGGGCCGACCCACUCGAAGACUUUGGCAACGAGAAGACGCAAGAGUACUUUGGCCACAACACAGUCAGAGGCUGCUCCUACUUCUACAGUUACCCUGCAGUGUGCGAGUUUCUACAGACCAACAACUUGUUGUCAGUCAUCAGAGCACAUGAAGCACAAGAUUCUGGAUACCGAAUGUAUAGAAAGAGUCAGACUACAGGCUUCCCCUCCCUCAUCACCAUCUUCUCAGCACCUAACUACCUGGACGUCUACAACAACAAAGCGGCGGUUCUGAAGUAUGAGAACAACGUGAUGAACAUCCGCCAGUUCAACUGUUCCCCUCAUCCCUACUGGCUGCCCAACUUCAUGGAUGUCUUCACCUGGUCCCUGCCCUUCGUUGGAGAGAAAGUAGUGUUUGAGUUCACUGGUUGCCAUUUUCUUGUGGUAACAAGUUACAAAUCUUGCUGCUGUAACGAUAUUCAUCGUCGGAAGAUGAGGAAUCAUCGGACCAAAGCGCAGCGUGUGACAGAGAUGCUGGUGAAUGUUCUCAGUAUCUGUUCAGAUGAUGAGCUCAUGGAGAAUGAUGGAGAGGAAGAGGUCUAUGAUGCCAAUGCAGCGGCGGCUAGGAAAGAGGUGAUCAGGAACAAGAUCCGUGCCAUCGGGAAGAUGGCCAAAAUGUUCCAAGUUUUACGGGAGGAGAGUGAGAAUGUAUUGACCCUAAAGGGACUGACACCCACUGGCAUGCUGCCCAGCGGAGUUCUGUCAGGAGGCAAGCAGACUCUGCAGAGCGCUACCAUUGAGGCCAUUGAAGCCAUUGAUCCUGUUGAGGACGCAGAAGCAAUCCGAGGCUUCUCUCCUCAACAUAAGAUCAAUAGCUUUGCGGAGGCCAAGGGUCUGGACCGGAUCAAUGAGCGCAUGCCCCCCCGCCGUGACGCCGUCAACAGUGUGGGUGUCUCCAUGGGCCGCAUGAACAUGGGGGAGCCCAACGGCACCGACAACAACAGCAAUAUACAGGGAUGAUGCACACACACACAAACACAUUUAAACACUAUUUCAUACACACUCUGAAACACACACAUAGAUAUGAAGUACAUACACCAACAUACACACAUUUGACUUACGCAUACUCACAAAUACACUUGAUUUAAACAUAAAGUACACACACAUACUUAUACAUACACAUAAACACAAAACAUACAGGCUACACAAGUCAACAUUUACCCUUAUACAGUGAUGGCACACACACCAUCCUCCUCCUCCCCCCUACCCCGUCCUGUUGCUGCCCAGCCCACCUCUCCACCAGUGUGGCAAGACUUUGCCAUGGAUGGUUGAGGCGUCCUACUGGACAAACUGUACUGCAGGUUCCAUCAUUACCUGAUCUGACCUGGUCACACACACUACUGAAGGCCCCUGACCUGACCACAACACACUACGGAACACUCUACUGGACGUUCUGGAACACUCUUCUGGACAUUCUGGAACACUCUACUGGACGUUCUGGAACACUCUACUGAACAUUCUGGAACACUCUACUAGACGUUCUGGAACACUACUGGACGUUCUGGAACACUACUGAACGUUCUGGAACACUCUACUGAACGUUCUGGAACACUCUACUGAACGUUCUGGAACACUCUACUGAACGUUCUGGAACACUCUAUUGGACGUUCUGGAACACUCUACUGAACGUUCUGGAACACUCCAAUGCAAAACAAAGAGCUACUGUUCUGUUCUCAUUGUGUAGUAGGGGUGACUGGGUGACAGAUGUUACCUUUCUGUUGUGUUGGGGGCAGAGGGAGAGUGGGGGGGAUUGGGGAGGGGAGUCAUGGGCUGAGAGGUCAACGAGGGCUGAGGUGGCAUGCGGGAGAGGGACUUCCUGUCUGGGAUUUUCAGUUUCCUCUUCUCAUUUUAAAACAGGAAUUUUGUGGUCAGCCCGGUUGGUGGUUUACUUCAUUCACUUUAUUUUAGAAGAUAGAUAGAUAGAUAGAUCGAGAGAUGGACUGGAUGGUUGUCGUGACGUCCAUGGGAGUUUAUUUGUGUGUGCUUGUGUCUGCAUUUGCGAUUGUGUGAGUGUAUGUGUGUCUGUGGGGGUGAAAUUUGAAUGGCAUUUUCAUAUGCAACAAGGUUGUGCUAUUGAACAUGUUUUGCUACCAGUACUAUAUGAUAAUAACAGGACAUUCAAAUGAAACAUAUUAUUUAUUAACUUCAAGGAAAAGACUAUGUUGUCAGAAGGUUAAAAAUGCAGUCUUAUUACCUGAGUGUUCUCUCUCAAUCUUAUUUUAUAAGCCAAUAUGCUCCACUGGUCAGUUAGUCAGGACUAAAGUGUGUGACCCACCGUUAAUUCACACAGAGUUCACAGUACACUCACUACACCCCAGACAGACGCUGCCUCUAAAGUCAGUCAGAUAAAUAAAACUGACCUUAGAUCAGUUUUAGUGGCAACGUCUGUCUAUUCCACUCUUAUGUUCCUUUGCUAAAACUGAUCAUAUUUCAUUUCUAAGGGCAACUUUUUUAUCACUUUUACUUAUUCCACUUGCUGGGACUAGCUACACGUUUAAUGUUCUAUUGCUGCCAAGUCAAUCAUAGAAAUAGAAAGCAUAGAAUGGACACCUGUAUCAGAGAUUGAAAUGUAGAAAUAACUAUGAUAGAUUGGCUGUUUUGCAGGAUCAGCAAUGAGUGAAGUCCAUUCCAUGCGUUCCAUUUCUACGGUGUCCUCUUAAUGUGCUGUCCAGUAGCCUAUAACCUGAGCUGGCUGCACUGGAGGAAACUCCUAUAGUGUAUAUGCUGUUGUGUUGUACCUUGAAAAUUAAAUGAAGUGUUUUUGGCUGAGUGUGAGCAGUGACUAACAGAAGUCAACAGAAGGUUAUUUGUUUGUAAAGCAUUUAUAAACGCAUCAAUGCAUGCAGUUAAGUUAUUUGAUAAUAAUGUGAAAUUCGAUUUGUGCCGUGUUUCAGUAUGGUAAGUUCCCUUUUUCUUCCUUCAAAUAGGGAGAAGAUUUAUUUUGCAAAACAUGUAUGAUUUUUAUAAUUUUUGGGGGGUGAUUUUGUUAUUUAAAAAAAAAUGUUUUCCAUGAUUGUAUUAUGAGUUAAUGUAUUGUUUUAUUUUGAUGCUGUACAGACUGGAAGCUUCUAUGAGGUGAAAUGCAUUAUGACUCUAUCUCUCCUCUCUUCUCUGUUGAUGUACAGGAGUUGCUUUUAAACUUGCAAUAGCGUGAAUGAAUGACCAUACUAUAAAGAGACAGACUUCCAUUCAGGCAGACAAAGCAUGAUUGCAUGGUAAACUCAUCUGUAAAAGCAGACAGAGUUACAGAAGCUGUCUUUCAAAUUUUAAAGGGAAAGUUUACUCUCUAAUCAUAAUUCUUAAAUUAUAUUCUUGUUAUUUAAUAUUAUUAUUAUUAUUAUAUUUAUAAUUAACAUUAUUCUUAAGCUCUCUGCUGGUUGCUCUUGCAUUUUUCGGAUCUUUGUUUGGUCUCAUUGUGCUUUAUUUUACGAGGUGAACUUACUCGAGACCUUGUGCCAUAUAGUUUGUGCCAUGGCUCUCUGUCUCAUCACACACACUGUAAGCAUGCCCCAUGGGACAAACCACUUUUUUUACUCUUGAAUAAAAUAUGCAUGAACCUUUGG